AUGGUCCAAUUUGAAGCAUGGAGAUCUCAUCAAAAGCACCCAACAAUGGCAGAGGUGACCGAGGAGCUAAAGAAGAUAACUGAUAUAGGAUUCCCUAUAGCAGCUAUGAGCUUGGUGGGUUACCUGAGGAACAUGGUUUUAGUUGUUUGCAUGGGAAGAUUAGGAAGCCUUGAGCUUGCUGGUGGGGCUUUAGCCAUCGGUUUCACGAACAUCAGUGGCUACUCGGUCUUGUCUGGCCUUGCAUCCGGUAUGGAAUCACUUUGCGGUCAAGCUUUCGGCUCAAGGAACUUAUCGAUGGCGACACUUACUUUGCAUAGAACAAUUAUGAUGUUAUUGCUUGCUUCUGUACCUAUUGGUUUGAUAUGGUUUAACCUUGAACCUCUCAUGCUUAGCAUCAAUCAAGACGCUGAUAUAUCCAAAGUCGCGAGCCUUUAUUGUCGGUUCGCAAUCCCGGAUCUUAUCGCCAACAGCCUUCUUCACCCUCUACGUAUUUACUUGCGUAGUAAAGGAACAACUUGGCCUUUGCUGUGGUCAGUUUUAGUUUCGACCCUUUUUCAUCCCCCUAUCACAGUCCUUUUAUCCUUUACUUUACGUUUAGGCAUCGCCGGGGUAGCAAUUUCCACUUUCAUCACCAAUUUCAACACCCUUUUCUUCCUUCUUUGUUACAUGUUCUACACGCAAACUACUCAUUAUGUCGCUGAGGACGAGUCGAUACGGAAGCCAUUGUCCCCGACACCACCACCGACACCUUCUUCGACGGCUCUAAUUGGGAAGGAAUGGGGAGUUCUUCUUCGAUUGGCGAUACCGAGCUGUAUUGCUGUUUGCUUAGAGUGGUGGUGGUAUGAAUUCAUGACGAUUCUUGCGGGAUACUUAUCGAAGCCUCGAGUUGCUUUGGCAACUUCGGCAAUCGUGAUACAAACAACGUCUCUCAUGUACACAUUGCCGAAUGCACUGAGUGCAUCGGCCUCGACCCGAGUCGGGAACGAGCUGGGAGCGGGCAGGUCGAACGGAGCGCGGUUAGCAGCGGUGGUAGCCAUAGGGCUAGCCCUAGUGAUCUCGUUUUUGGGAUUAAUAGGGACCAUCAUGGGGAGAGAAGCAUGGGGAAGAGUUUUCACAGAGGAUAAUGAGGUUCUAGAGAUAACCAUGAUUGUACUUCCCAUAAUUGGACUGUGUGAGCUAGCAAAUUGUCCACAAACCACAAGUUGUGGGAUCCUAAGAGGGAGUGCUAGGCCCGGGAUUGGGGCAACCAUAAACUUUUACUCGUUCUACAUGGUGGGUGCACCUUUGGCAAUAUUCCUAGGCUUUGUUUCCGGACUAGGGUUCCUGGGGAUGUGUUAUGGGCUGCUAGCUGCUCAGAUCGCAUGUGUAAUCUCCAUUUUGACUGUGGUUUUCAGGACAGAUUGGGAACGAGAGUCGAUCAAGGCCAAGGACUUGGUGGGCAAAACAAACCAAACGCUGCUCAACAAAUGUGAAGAAGGGAAUUUGGGUUUUGAAAAGUGA